GGUGUACUGGAAUCUGGUGGACGCUAGAGGGAGGUCUCGCCAUCUGAAACUGCAGCAGAGCCUGUCGCACCAAUUGGGAAGAGGGCAAAAUUAACUUACUUGGUCUCCCCCUCUUCCUCACUCCCCUCUACCUCGUUUACAAUCUCCUCACUAAGACUCAGUCGUUCUCUCCUUAUGUAGUCUCUCUCUCACUCUUUACUUACUCUCCGUCCUCUCUGUAUCACUUUCUCUCUCCGUCUCUCUUCUCACUGAGUCUCACUCUGUCCUCUUUUUUCCUCUUUCUCUGCUUACACAUUCUCUUUCUCUCUUCUUUUUCUGUUUCUUCUUUCUCUCACAUUCUCACUCUUCAGUUAGUCUCACUCUUUCUUUUCUGCCUCCCUUGCCCCCUAUCUUCUCACUUAGUUUAACUCCAUGUCCUAUCCUUUCUUCGUCUAUUUCUCUUUCUCUCUCUCUCUUCUGUAUUUUUUUCUUUUAGUCUCUUUAUGUAUAUUUCUCCUUACACUCUCACUCAUUGCCAAUCAUGCCUCUCUUUUUCUUCCCUCCACUUUUUCCUCAGUCUCCCCCUCUCUCAUCCCCUCUUUCUCCACAUUUUCUCCCUUAGUCUCAAUCUCCCACCCAAUCUCUUUCCCCUUUUCUUCUUACACACUCUCUCUGUCUCUUAUUCAUCAAUCUCUCACACACACUCUCUCUUCUCUGUCUGUUUAUCUCUCCUUAUUUAAGUUUCUUUUACGUUGUCUCUUUUUCUGUCUAUCUCUCCACUCUCAUUGCCAAUCAUCUUUCUCCUUUUUUCCUCUCUCUCCUCAGUCCCACCUCUCUCUCCCUCACUCGCUUUUUCUCCAUCUUUUUUCACCUCACUUAGUCUCAACAUCACCCGCACUCUCUCCUUACAUAGUCUGUCUGUCACUCUCUCUCUCUCUCUUCUCUGUCUUUUUCCUCUCUUCUCUCUCAGUCUCCCUCUCUCUCCAUACAUUCUCGCGCACACGCUCUUGGCUAAAUUCGCUUCAGCGCUGGUUCUUGGCGCAGUGUUGGUUGGUGCGCUCCGGUGUCCGGAGGCGCGCGAGUAUUGCUGAGUGUCGCGCGGCGGAGCUGCGAUGUGGGGGCCGCUGAGGGCGCGGCUGGGGGACUGGAGCGGCUCCUCCUGGGAGGAGGAGAGCGGGGAGGACGCGGAGCUGCUGCUCAACAUCGGCGGGGUGAAGCAGGUGCUGCACGCGGACUUGUUGAAGCGCUACCCGGACACGCGCCUGGGCGAGCUGGCAGAGCUGUGCGCGCGCAGACCCGACGAGCUGUCCGAGCUGUGCGACGACUACGACCCCGCGAGCGGCGAGCUGUUCUUCGACCGGGACCCAGACGCGUUCCGCUGCAUCGCGGAGGUGUACAUCUACGGAGAGGUGCACAUGCGCAGGGGCAUGUGCCCCGUGUGCUUCAUGCACGAGAUGGAGUUCUGGCGCGUGGACGCCGAGCUGCUGGACGAGUGCUGCCAGAGCUGCGUGAGCGAGGCGCGCGACGAGCUAGAGGAGAUCAGCGAGAAGGUGCGCGCCAUGCUGGAGCGCACGGAGGAGGACGAGGCGGCGGCGUUGUCCUGGCGCGAGCGGUGCCGCGCCUUCCUCUGGAAGCUGAUGGAGAAGCCCGAGUCGUCCGUGGCCGCGCGCGCCGUGGCCGUCACCUCCUUCUUCUUCGUGGUGCUGUCGUCCGCGGCCAUGUGCGCGGGUACCGUGCCCGAGCUGCACGUGUGCUGCGACGAGGCGGGCAACGCGCGCGAGCACCCGGUCCUCGAGGCCGUGGAGAUGGCGUGCAUGGCCUGGUUCACCCUGGAGUACGUGCUGCGCCUGGCUGCGGCGCCCGACCGCGCGCGCUUCGCCCUCUCCUUCAUGAACGUGGUGGACGUGCUGGCCAUCGUGCCCUUCUACGUGCUCCUAGCGCUCACGCACGUGGGAGCGCGCCUCGGCGCUUUGGAGCUGGCCAACGCGCAGCAAUGCGUGCAGGCGCUGCGCGUACUGCGCGUGGCGCGCGUGCUCAAACUGGCGCGCCACUCGUCGGGCCUGCGCACGCUCACGCACGCGCUCAGCAGCAGCGCCAAGGAGCUGGGCCUGCUGCUCACCUACAUGGGCGUGGGCAUCUUCCUGUUCGCCGCGCUCGCCUACACGCUGGAGCAGAGCCACCCGGACACCAUGUUCACCAGCAUGCCGCAGUCCUUCUGGUGGGCCAUCAUCACCAUGACCACGGUGGGCUACGGCGACGUUUACCCCAAGACCACGCUGGGCCGCUGCAACGCCGCCGUCAGCUUUCUGUGCGGCGUGGUGGCCAUCGCUCUGCCCAUCCACCCCAUCAUCAACAACUUCGUCACCUUCUACAACAAGCAGCGCGCCCUGGAGAGCGCCGCCAAGCACGAGAUCGAGCUCAUGGCGCUGCGCUCCCAGGAGGAGGAGAAGCGAGAGGGCAAAGGCCAGAGGGCGACGCACGGGCCAGUCUGCACCUCUCACAGCUACGCUAACAUUCCCUUACUGGAGGAUCCCUGCCAGAGCUUCUCUGAAACUUAUUAACUUCACCCCGAAUGCUGAAUGAGAUUUACUGAUUGAGAGAUUUUAACCCAAAAGAAGAGCCCCAGGGUGAUGUGUGUGUCACAGACCCUUUAAAAGCUGUGUAAAGUUCUUUAGGGUCUAAAGGUCUUUUACUUUAACUCAUGAAGUUUAUAAGUGACCUAUACUAUACAUCCUGAGCGCAUCACUAUCGGACAGUGUAUGAAUGUGUGUGUUCGUUCAUCUGACCUUAUCUAGCUACAGAAUGUAGAAAUGCUGGAGAUAAGUCUUCUAAAGCUUCUACACAGGAAAUUUGGCAGUGUUAAAUCAAAACUUUACACUCUCAGUGUUAAAUUAAAACUAACAGUGUUGAUUUAACACUGCCAAAUUUCCUGUGUACAGCUCUGUUCCAACCACCUAACAAUUCAAACACAUAAAUGAAUGAAUGGUUUAGCCUUAAAAUAUUUACAGUCAUCUUCCCACAAUAAGAAAAAAGUUGCUCACUGAGUUUAUCGGAUUAAAUCUUAAAAUUAGUAUCAGUAUUCAAAAAUAGGUCUGGGCUCAUAUGCUCCUUCAACGAAAGUUACUGAAGACAUAUCCUCGAGGGUACCAACCCGGUGACAAUAUUAUACCAUUUUUUGAAGAGUGUAUAUACGCUUUAAAAUGUAGUGAUGAUGUGAGAACUGUGAGUCAAUGCAAAUAAAUCUGGUGCUUUUGUACAUAUCUGCUCAUACCAAUAUUGACAUCUUAAGUAUUGGCCGAUUCCACUGGCUAUUCAAUAUCACACUGCAAAAUGUAGGGAUGUACCAAUAAUGAGGUAUAGACUAGUUCAAAUAUUAACAAAGUAUGCUCCUCCAUCGUAUACUCAGAAUUCAAAAGUAUUUAAAAUGCUGCUGUCUUUACUGUCUUGGGAAGACUAGAUUUGUGACACUUCUGUGAGCAUUUGAUUGCAUUCAGCAACAUGAUCGCCAUCAUCUCACAUAAAACAGUUAUACUCCUCUAUGCUGGGGACCUUUAUACCCAUUAAUUCCAUGCAUAUAAUGGUCAUGGUGCCAACAGGUUUAUCUACGUGUAUAUUUACUGCAGAGUUCUAGUCUAUUGGGGUAGUUAUUUACAGGGACUAGACAAGCUGUGUAUGUGCAGUUUCACAUCUGUAUAAGUAGCAGGAAAAACCUAAAAUAGGUGAAUUCAUUAGAAAAGGUGUCCACAAAACUUUGGAAAGAUACAGUGUAUACCCCUAAUCAACAACUGUAUGCAGUAUUGAAAGAAUAAUUAUUAUCAAGCACCAGUUUGUUAACCUCUGCCUUAUCAAUAUCUUAUUCAGUACAGUUAAUUACUUUAAUUUACACAUAGAUUUAACUAUUCCCUGUUUGUUUAUAUAAUUAUUGCUUUUGUGGUAUCACUCAAAGAACCCACUGGGGUGUGUUUUGUUAAAUGAUUGGAUUCAAUUCAUUCAACUGAUUUUUUCUGAAAGAUGUCCAAUCUAGAACUUUCUUCUGAUAACAGCAGGAAUCAAGUUGGUGUCAUCGUUUUUUUUAAAUCAUAUAGGCUAAAUGAAAUGCUGCUUUAAAGACAUUUUAGAUGUAAAUGUCAGGUUUAAGCCAUGUUCACAUGAUCAAAUGAUGAUUCAGGUUCAGAUGGUUUAAUCAUAACUUGAUACAAGCCAGAAUUGCUAUAUUUGUUGUUUUCUGCAUAUGAACAGAUAAAUUCCAGAACAGAUAAAAUCCGAUAAAUUCCAGGAAGACCAGGGCUUAAGACUUAUGAAAACACAAAUUAAUAUAAAUGUAAAAAAAACUUGUCAUACUCUGUGAUGUGACUAUUACAGCUCAAUCAUCGUGAUCUUACAGAGGCAAAGAGAGUUCAUGUCUGAGUCUGGGUUACUCUCAGUGUUUCUUCUUCAGGCUUUUAUUGUGUUUUUCUUCAUUUAGGUGCUGUUUUUCUGUAAUGCUGAUUUAUAAAAAAAUAUCUGUUAUUAAACAAGUUCUAAGAUCUAAACAAAUAAAAUUACAGUUU